UUCUGGAACAUCUCACCUCACUCUCUCUAUAAGCCCUAGUUUGUCAGACCUCACUCACUCCCACCAAACCCCUAACAGAACCCUCAUUUCUUCUUCAAUCUCCCAAUUCCGCAAAAGCUCCCAUUCUGCAGAAAUGGCGUCGGCAAAUGCAAUCUCUACAGCCUCCAUCCUCCCUUCCUCCUCUAAGCAGGAUGGAUUGAAGAAUAGGAAGGUGAACCAGUUGUUACAGCAGGGGCAGAGGAUCGGGAAGCAGCAGUCCAGGAAUCGGUUUGUUGUGAGGGCUAAUGCAAAGGAGAUCGCUUUUGAUCAGAAAUCGCGGUCUGCAAUGCAGUCCGGGAUCGAUAAGCUCGCCAGCGCUGUCGGCCUCACUCUUGGUCCCAGGGGAAGGAAUGUUGUCUUGGAUGAGUUUGGGUCCCCUAAGGUGGUCAAUGAUGGGGUCACAAUUGCACGCGCCAUUGAGUUGCCUGAUGCUAUGGAAAAUGCUGGCGCUGCUUUGAUUAGGGAGGUUGCUAGCAAGACAAAUGAUUCUGCCGGUGAUGGGACUACUACUGCAUCUGUUCUUGCACGUGAAAUUGUCAAACUUGGCCUCCUCAGUGUUACAUCUGGUGCUAACGCAGUUGCUGUAAAGAAAGGCAUUGAUAAAACCGUGCAGGGUUUGGUUGAUGAGCUCGAAAAGAAGGCUAGGCCUGUCAAGGGUCGGGAUGAUAUUAAAGCCAUUGCCUCCAUCUCUGCUGGGAACGAUGAGACAAUUGGGACAAUGAUUGCUGAUGCAAUUGACAAGGUUGGGCCUGAUGGUGUUCUAUCCAUUGAGUCAUCCUCCUCAUUUGAGACCACUGUCCAUGUAGAAGAAGGAAUGGAGAUUGACAGAGGAUAUAUCUCUCCGCAAUUUGUCACAAACCCUGAGAAGCUGAGUGUUGAGUUUGAGAAUGCUAGGGUAUUAGUUACAGACCAGAAGAUCUCAGCAAUCAAGGACAUCAUUCCUUUGUUAGAGAAAACUACCCAGUUAAGGGCACCUUUACUCAUUAUUGCUGAAGAUGCCACUGGAGAAGCUUUGGCAACUCUCGUUGUAAACAAGCUCCGAGGUAUUGUGAAUGUGGCUGCCAUCAAAGCCCCCGGAUUCGGAGAACGGAGGAAAGCUCUUCUCCAGGAUAUUGCUAUUUUGACUGGAGCCGAGUAUCAAGCUACUGAUUUGGGAUUGCGCGUGGAAGACACCGAUAUCGACCAGCUUGGUGUAGCUAGAAAGAUAACCAUCACCAAGGACUCCACAACACUAAUCGCAGAUGCUGCAUCCAAGGAUGAGCUGCAAUCUAGAAUUGCUCAGCUUAAAAGGGAGUUGUCUGAGACUGAUUCUGUUUACGACUCUGAGAAACUUGCUGAGAGAAUUGCCAAGUUGUCUGGUGGUGUUGCUGUUAUCAAAGUUGGUGCUGCAACAGAGACUGAGCUUGAAGACCGCAAGCUCCGCAUCGAAGAUGCCAAAAAUGCAACAUUUGCUGCCAUUGAGGAAGGCAUCGUGCCCGGUGGCGGAGCUGCAUUGGUUCAUCUCUCGACUUAUGUCCAAGCGAUCAAGGACAAGCUUGAAGAUGCCGAUGAGCGGCUUGGUGCUGAUAUCAUACAAAAGGCUUUAGUAGCGCCAGCAGCUUUGAUUGCCCAAAACGCUGGGGUGGAAGGCGAGGUAGUCGUGGAAAAAGUGAGGGCCAAUGAAUGGGAGUUUGGUUACAACGCGCUGACUGAUUCUUACGAGAACUUGGUAGAAUCGGGAGUGAUCGACCCAGCUAAGGUGACGAGAUGUGCGCUGCAAAAUGCAGCUUCAGUUGCUGGAAUGGUGCUCACCACACAAGCCAUUGUCGUCGAGAAAGCGAAGCCUAAAGCUCCAGUCCCUGCCGGGCAGCCACCGGCAGGCAGCUACUCAGUCUAAUCUGGGUUUUUUUAGGUGAGGAGAGGGAUUGUUUUGGUGUGUUUUUCAAGUCAGCUGAAUUUCGUUGUUACACAUCAAUCAACCUAUUUGGCUGACUUCAUAUUGUAGUGUUAUAUACUCCUAAUAAAAUUGCUUUUUGCA